AUGAACCACGGGCUGAUGUUGACUUCUCCGCUGAGAUCAGUUCAUAAAUCCGAGGAGAAGUUCAACCAAGAUGGUAGUCCAGAAAUGCCUUUGUUGCGGCCUCAGGAACUAAGGCUCGCCAUCAUGGCUUCAGAGAGAUUGCUAAUCCUUCAGCCGCACAACUGGUGUUUGAGAAGAGAUUACGGGAUGCUGCUGUACUAUAAAAGAGAAUAUGAGGCUGUGGUCCAAGAGCUGAGCAUCUGCAUGGCUUUCGCACCAGAAGAGGAGGCGGAAGUCUUGGAGCCUUUCGUUGAAAAGCUGCACCUCAUGCGGCUUGAAACGUCGUGGAAAUCGCUGGGGCAGAAAGGCAGGCUAACAAUUCCAUGA